AUGGCUUCUUCGUUGAACCGCUCUUUGCUCCGCUCUUUGCUCCGCUCGGCGGCCCUUGCUAGUCGAUCCUACGCUUCAUCUUCGACUGCUGUCGCGCCACUUGGUUUCGCCAGCGCCGCACCAUCCACCACCCUCUACAAUGCACGCUUCUUCUCCUCGUCCAUCGCCCGUUCGCUUGCCACCCCGCAGACCGGUCCGACACAGAUCCCCGAGGGCCGUCCAUCAUCGCCAGAAGCCGUUCAUACCGCCACCUAUGAUGCCACCUCCGCACAGAGUCAGGCGCGUGAUGCUCCUGUCUACCCAGAUUACUCCAAGGGCCCAUCGGCGCUAGACAAGGCCGGUCAGCUCUUCUUCUUCACCGAGAUUCUUCGAGGCAUGUGGAUCGUUCUCGAGAACUUCUUCCGUCCUCCUUACACCAUCAUGUACCCCUUCGAGAAGGGUCCGCUCAGCCCUCGUUUCCGUGGCGAGCACGCGCUGCGACGAUACCCCACCGGUGAGGAGCGAUGCAUUGCCUGCAAGCUCUGUGAGGCUAUCUGCCCCGCCCAGGCCAUCACCAUCGAGUCCGAGCCCCGUGAGGACGGCGCACGAAGGACUACUCGCUACGACAUCGACAUGACAAAGUGCAUCUACUGCGGUUUCUGCCAGGAGGCUUGCCCUGUUGAUGCUAUCGUCGAGACACAGAACGCCGAGUACUCGACCGAGACCCGUGAGGAGCUUCUUUACAACAAGGAGAAGCUUCUCGCCAACGGUGACCGUGCUGAGGCUGAGAUUGCUGCCAACAUCUACGCCGACCACCUCCAGCGUUAA